AUGGACAUUCUUCGGGUGGUCCGAAAAAUGGGAGUCUUGUCAGGAAACAUUCUCUUCCCAUGCUUGUGCCUUUCAGGCUGGCUGCUGCUCCAGACCCCUCGACUGGUGUUCCAGGAGGGGGAAGCCAUCGUGCUGAGGUGCCACAGCUGGAAGAACCUGCGUCUGCUCAAGGUCACAUUCUUCCGUAAUGGACAGGCCAAGUGGUUUUCCCAUGCCAAUUCCAACUUCUCCAUCCCACAAGCAAACCGCAGUCACAGUGGUGAUUACCACUGCAGAGGAUUCAUAGGGCAGACGGCGUACUUGUCCCGGCCUGUGACCAUCACGGUGCAAGGUCCGGCCGUCCCACCCAUCAACGCGUGUUGGCACCGAAUCCCUUUCUGCCUGGCGAUGGGACUCCUGUUGGCGUUAGACACGGGUCUGUAUGUCUCUGUGCAGAGAGACCUGCAAAGCAUGAUGGGAAGGGCUGGAGAGCGGCGCAGAGAUAAAAAGCGACACUCCAUGAGGCUGACCCCAUGGGGAGAUGCCAGGGACACGUCUGGAAGACCUCCCUGAGUGCACUGGGUAGUGUGUGCCCGUGGUCUGGGGCUGCCUGCGGGUGCGUGUGGAAUGUGCUUCAAGAUCCUGUCGGGGUGCUGCAUCUCCCUCUCUCUCUGUCUCAUUCAUGGAAUCAAUAAAUAAACUGAAAAAAAUGAAAAGGGCUGUGAAAAAAAAGCUCAAGGAAAGACUGAGGGAGCUGCCAAGUCAGAUGAGACCGGGUCCUCAGGACGGAGGACUCCUGUCCCAGGAGUGGGCCAGCAGGGGCAGCCGUCUGUCUCUCGGGGCCGUUCUGCCCAGACCUCCUGCUGGAGCGCACCCGGGCAAGGCCCCAUGCUUUGGCCUCUGGACUGUAGACAGGCUCCUCGGUAGAUUCCGCUUCUGCGUUCGGAAUUCGCCCGCCCUCUGACGCCGGGCGGUGCUCUGCUCGUCCAGCCAGGCCCGGCCGUCACUCCCUCUCAUGGUCAC